AUGUCGAGACAAUCGUUUUAUGGCGGCGGCGCCAUCAACCGCCGCAUUGACAGUAUACAACAUGGCGAACGACGAACUCGCUCGGGCUCGAACGCGAGUGUUCGCAGAGUCGAUGUCCAGUAUGACGAUGCCUUUACAUACUCCCUCCGAGUCGCAUACCUCAACUACCUAUUACAACCAAAGCGAAAGCAGAAACAGUUCGUCCCAGCUCCAAAGCCGCGGCAAAGAGCGUAUACCUCUGUCGCCACGGACUUGGUCAAGGAUCUCCUGCCCCAAGGCUCCACGAGUGUCAAACUUCCGCAUAACUUUCGCAAGUACCUUGAGCGACGCAUGGCUGGUGUCAUGGCGGGUUCCGAGACGGCUCCAGGAUACGGCGAUCCCGAUAUCAAAAGAUCAUUCGCCGAAGCAUACAACAGUUUUGGAAGCCCUGCGAUGCAGAAGCUGAUCGACAAGGACCGAAAGUUGGAGGGUGUUGUCAUGACAUUCUAUAGUGCGGCGACCAAAUCGUGUCGCCCGGGAGCGGGUGCCCCAGCAACAGACGAUUCCUGGAAAUUACUUGUCGACAGACACGUUGCCAUGUUCGUGCGCCUGGUGGGCAAUGUUUUGAGAGACAUGGGUAGCGACCGAGACAAGCCGGAACUCAUGAGUCGGCUCAAAACGCUGGAGAAUAAACUCCUUACCAAUGACCAGAACCUUUUUGUCGAUACUGGCCAGGAUGGCGGCAAAUACAUCGAGGUUGACGUUCCGCUCACACACGAUGUCAAUGACAUGCCAUUAGUACAAGUCGUGGCGAAUUUGUUUGGCAGGUCCCCCGCUGAGGUGCAGGGCAUCAUUGACAGCCAACGACCCAAUUGGACAGAAGACGCCGCGCUGAGAGACCUGAAAUCGUACCAACAACGGCUGAACGCGGGCAUGAAUGGCACUUUGCAGAGUUACGAUUUUGACGUUGACGAGGCAUUUCAGGAAUGGAAACGAGCCGAGGCACCGCAUUUAUCGGCAAUGAUGAAGGAGAUCCUGACGGCAAAACCGCAACUUGUCCGACUCUCAAGUGCCAAUAUCAUGCUCGAAAAGCCACUGCCCGCUAGUCCAACCUCUGGAUAUGGAGAGGAUCAAGCGUUUGCUGAUUUCAGUAGAGCACUGUCUAGUCCCGAUUCAGGAUACAAUCUCGAUCACAGGCUCAGUCUUGGCUCUUUGUCUUUGGAUGACAACAGCAGUAUUCGGAGUGUUGACGACGCCCACUAUACCUUCAUACCAAUGGACCCUCGUGAAUACUUCAAAACCAUUGCCAAGCAUGCUAUGGAUUACGAUACUGCUCGUGGCGGCGAUGAGGAACAGUCAGGUCCAUUUUCCAAGCAAACCAUGGACUUGCUCACUGAAUUAUCUGUUCGCUGGCGCAUACCGCAAUUCACACGACUGGUGGUGUUUAUGGAGCUGGCCGCAGCCAAGUACACUGAUACCACGCAGGAGACCCGACCCUCGCCUAUCGAAGUAGACCAAGCUUUCAACUUUGUCAAAGCGCCCCCGCUGGAACUGAAGAAACCACCACACAUAUAUCUGUACAACGAAAGCCUUGCCACGAUCGACAGAAGUAGAUGGACGAUCCGCGACUUCGCGGCGUAUCAGCACACGUUGACCACGUUACAUGAUGCACUUCUGAGAGAUUUGUUUACCACCUUGAUGGCCUGCUAUGAGCCAAAGCCUCCUUCGGUUGGGCCAAUGCUUCUCGUUCUGGAGGAGCACGUCUAUUCUGAUCCUAGUUUCGCUCGCAAACCAGAAGAGGAGCAGGCCUUUACAGAGGAGUUGAAACAAGGCCUCAAGGAGCAGGCUGCCAAUGUUUAUCGAGUCUACUUGGACAAGGAAAUACCUGAAAGGCAAGAGGAUUGGGACUUCAAUCAUGUCGUACAACUAGGCAAAUCGGUGGUAAAGCUUUGUGAGAGGAUCAAGAAGCGAUACAAGUCAAACCCGGAGAUUAUGGGCGCCAAUCCUCUGACAAUCUUGGUUGAGACAAUGUUCCCGAACUUCGAGAAUGAUGCCUGCCAAUUGAUACAGUCUAUAAUCGCCAAUGCCUCACAACAGGGCUUGGAAUUCGGCUCUGAGGAUGGUUUUGCGCUGUACAAGGAGCUGGUGGCGAUCAGGGAGAUACAUCAAAAUUCCCUACUGAGCAAACCAUUCGCAUUUGAUAUCGAGGAAUUACUGGUGGAUUUUGUUUGGAAGUGGAUCGCCAACGCAGAGGUUUUCACUGCCGGUAUCGUGGAUAAUGCAAUCAAGCAGGACGAGUUUCAAGUCCGCACAGGACACGAUGGCCAAAUCGAGGACACGGAUCGUCACAGUCACUCUAUCAUUGACCUUUUCAAGAGCUUCAACCAAACUGCAGACCAGAUCUUCCAACUGGAGUGGGACAAUGACGUUCACCAUGCCAGGUUCAUGACGGCCCUAGCGAGAAUAUUUGCGAAUGGUCUAGAAAGAUACUGCGAGACGGUUGACAAGAAGUUCAAUGCGGAGAUGGACGCGCCUCGUGCUAACGAACAAGAAGCUUUGGCCGCCGCGCAAACGACUCAGGGAAAAUUCAUGAAGUACGCCAAGGAUGCGUGGAACAACAAGGAAAAGAUUGAGCCAUUCCAGUUUUACUCCGAGUCACUUGUCAAGCUCAACAACAUUGAGUAUGCCAUGCAAGAAUUAGACAAGCUCGAGAAGCUCAUCAACGUCGAUGCGUGUGCUGCCGUGCUUGAGAAAGCAGAGGGACCAAAGAAAGCCGUCAAGCGACCUUCCAAAUAUGUAUUCACUGUCAAGAUUGUUGAGGCAGAGGAUCUCAAAGCCUGUGACCCCAAUGGGACAAGUGAUCCAUACGUUGUGCUAGGUGAUGAGUACCAGAAACGUCUUGCCAAGACGAGGACCAUCAUGAGGAAUCUCAAUCCCAAAUGGGACGAGUCUGUUGAUAUCAACGUCACUGGUCCAUUGAAUCUCGUGGCAACAAUCUGGGAUUACGACAUGUUUGGUGAGCAUGACUUUGUCGGCAGAACAACCUUGAAGCUUGACCCUCAGGGUUUCCGCGACUACCUACCGCAAGAGAUAUGGCUCGAUCUCGAUACACAGGGACGUCUACUUGUGCGAGUAAGCAUGGAAGGUGAACGUGACGACAUUCAGUUCUACUUUGGCAAGGCCUUCAGGCACCUCAAGCGAACAGAGCGGGACAUGGUGCGCAAGAUUACUGACAAGCUUACCACGCAUAUCAACGCGACAUUGUCUCAUGACACUCUGAAGAAUCUGCUAGGUCGAAAUCUGCUACAGUCUGCCUCGAGUCUGUGGAAGAGACAGUCCAGGGUGCCAAUGAUUACGGCUGCUGAUAUCGAGAAUGCUCUUCAGGGACUGUUCACGUACUUCAACGAGAACUUUGCCAUAAUGAAGGGCACGCUCACCGAUGCUACAAUGGUUGCUGUGAUGACCCGGCUUUGGAAAGAAGUUCUCAUGGCUAUCGAGUCUCUGCUCGUCCCGCCCUUGUCCGAGAAGCCUUCUAAUCAAAGGCCGCUCACCGAACGCGAAGCUGAAGUCGUCUACAAGUGGCUCGAACUUCUGUUCGAGUUCUUCCACGCCCGGGAUUCUGAAAGUGGCGAAGUACUAGGAGUUCCAGCAGAGGCGCUCAAGUCGCCUAAGUAUCACGAGCUCGCCUCGCUAAACUUCUUCUAUUUUGAAUCCACGGACCACCUCAUCCACACAUCGGAACGUAUGGCUGCCGCCACCGCUCAACGCGCUCAGCAGGCCAUGCAGCAACAACUUGCUGCCAAUCCAAACCGACUGGGUGCGCCGGCAGCAUUUGGAGGCUACGGCGGAUCUGCCGGCCCGGCAUUUGCUUCCAUGGGUACAAUCAGGCGAGGCAAGAGUAUCAUGAUGAGCCGCAACCUGGGCACUAUGCGAAGGAUGAAGGAGGAGAAACGAAAGGAAGCACAAGCUGAUCCCAGCGACGAUAUGAUUUUGCGAAUCUUGCGAAUGCGACCCGAGGCAGCCAACUACCUGAAGGAGCGAAAUCGACAGAAGGGACGCCAGGCUGCGGCGCAAGCUGCUGCACUAAUAGUGAAGCAGAGCAUCAACCAAGGCUGGGCUUCUGGCGGGAACUUUGGAAGAGGUGGGGUUCCCAGGAGAUGA